AUGGAAAUGAGCCGGUUAUUGAGCGAUCCGACGGCACACAUUAUGUUCACAAACGGUAAGUUUGGGAAAUAAUUAUAAUUUUUCUAAUUGUGGAAAAGUUCCGCGUAUUAUCGGUGAUGAGCCUUCACAGAAAUGGGCGUGGCCCGUGUCGAGAGCAAAUUCCCGAUGGUUUUUUUUCAGACUUGCCAGAUUUCGGGCCGGCCAUGCGGGCCGGCCCGGGCCGGGCCGGGCCGGGCCGGUAAAGUGCCGGCCCGGGCCGGGCCGGGUCGGUGAAGUGCCGGCCCGGUUCAAAAGGCGGGAAUUCAAAUUUUCGCGGAAAUUUUUUUUUCGUCAUUACAAAAAAAUUUUCGAACUAAAGUUUUAGUGUUUCUUCUUUGUUUUCUUGCUAUUAUGAAUUUUUUAUGAGAAAUACAUUUGUUUUUCAAUGUUCGAUGCUUGCAAAAAACCCCUAAUUCUACAAAAAAUGGAUUCAUGCGAUCAAUAAUUCAAAUUUUGAAUUCCCGCUUUUUGAACCGGGCCGACGGGCCGGGCCGGGCCGGAGUUUUGGAAUUUUCGGCCCGGCCCGGCCCGUGGCAACUAUGUUUUUUUUGAUAGAAAAUAGCAGGAGUUUCCGUAAAAACUAGAAUUUAUAACAGCGGCAGCCGUCAAACGCUGAAAAGUAGAUUUAUCCGGAAAAUUGGAUCAAUUUCAUUGACUUUGUAACAUUUUCCGAAAAAUAAAUGAGAAAAUACGAGAUUACAUGCUUUUUGAUAGCUCGAACCGAGAAAUUGGUCGAAAAAUGACGUGAAUUCAAAAAGUCCGACAGAGCGCACUUGCUCUCACUAUCAUUCUUUCUAACAAGAAGGUUAAAACUCCAGAACCAUCGAUAGACUGGUCGGACGGAAUGAGUUCGUCGUCGUCGUCGUCGCAAAAGGAGUGCACGAUCUGCGGCGCGCCGUCGAAUGGCUAUCACUUUAAUGCUCCGUCGUGCUCCGCGUGUGCCGCGUUCUUCCGACGAACGGUCACGCUGAAUCGGAACUUCCUGUGCACCCAUCACAAUAAUUGCAGAGUUAAUUAUGGUAUUUUUUGAAAAAUUCUGACAAAACGUGUGCAAAGCUUGUUUUUUUGCAGCGAUGAGGGUGAUUUGUCGAGCGUGUCGCUAUCAGAAAUGUGUUCAGAUGGGGAUGGAGCGGUAAGUUGUUGGGCGGUCCGAAACAAAAAAAAACGAACUUUCAAUUUUUUAGAGCCGCUGUGCAACCUCGUCGGGACUGCAACGCCGGCCGUCGAAAAAUCAUGUACCACGCGCCGCCGCCGCCGCCAGAACAACAGCCUACAGUUAUCCAGGCGCCUACCGUAGUCUACCAUAGUCCGAAAGCCGAAUUGAUGCCGUACGACUACGCGCCGGCCACUUCUUCUUCUCCGCAAACGUCGUCGCCCGAGGUGCACUACGCCCAAUCGUACUCUUCGUCGAUUUCCGAAGAAGCGCCGUCGCCGAAGAUCUCCCUGUGCGGACCGUUUUCAAUGUAAGCAAGUGUGCUCGAUCGCACGGAAAUUCCAAACAGACGCUCGUUUUGCAGGAACUUCGAAGCGGAACAAGUGCUCGAGGAUUUGCUCAGAGAAGAACGGCUGUUCAAUGAAAGAAGGAAAUUGUUGUACUGCUCGAACGAUUCCAUUUCAACUCUUUUGACCAACGAAAAUGUUAAUGAUAUUGUGAGUACUACCGUUCAAUUGGAAUUCGAAUUCUAGGCCAUCAAAAAGAUUCGAGCUUUUCAAUCACUUUUUCUCAAAAAACGUUGACUUUUUCGGUUCCAAUUUUCGCCGUUUCAGCCCUACUCGGUGGCGGACCUCAAACCGCUGACAUUCUGUGAAAUCCAAAAGCACAUCCGUCCGCAAAUCCUGGUAAUUUACGAAUGGCUACGAGGAUGGCGUCAUUUCGACCUGCUGAACACCCACGAUCGCCUGAUAUUCCUCCGCAGAUGCGUCCUCUAUCAUACGAUUUUGGACCCCUCUUAUCUGUCCUAUCGACUGGGACUUCCCGACAAGUAUGACAUUUUUUGGUAUCCUUCGAAAAAAAGAAAAAUUUUCAGGUUCGUAAUGUUCAACGGAAUGUACGUGGGCGCGCUGGAAGGCGACAUGACCGGAUGGCAAGAUGAGAACAAUUGCAUCAGUGCGGAAAUGAAAAUCAAGUUGUACCGCCCGCUCAUGGAACGUCUCAUCCGGGAAGUUUGCGGCUCAAUGCACGCGAUCAGUCUCAGUUUCACCGAAUUUGUCCUCCUCAAAGCGCUAGUCUCGUUGAAAUCUUCGUGUAAGUGCGCUCUGAUGAAAACAGUUUUUAUUCAAGUUGAUUAAUUUUUCAGCAUGCUGCGACGUGUCGGUUUCCUUGAAAAAGUUCAUGCACGCGCACAUGGACACAAUGCUGAGGGCCCUUAAUGUGCACUAUCAGAGUCUCGGCAUGAAUCGCGAGGAAAUCGCGCACCGCACCGGCAAUGUCAUUCUGAUGAUGAGCAGUAUCUUUGUGAGUUUCUCAUUUUACUAGCCUAUGUCCGACUCUACUUCUUUUAAAGGCUGUCGGAAUGGAAUGUUUGGAGUCGCAUCAAAAAAUUCAAUUUUUCGACUUAUGGCAACUCGACGAUUUGCUCAUUAAACUGAUCCAGAGAGGCGGUGGAGCCACUAGCUUCUGA